AUGGCCAUUAGAAAAUCUUGCGAGAUGGAAGAAGGUCGUCUUAGCGAACAGCGAUCCCAGCCUCCAAACGCGCGGCCUGCCGCAGCCGGCGGCGUGGACAUGGGCGACGCCGGCGACGGCGAGACGCGGGCGCUGCGGCAGGUGGCCGUGGCCAGGAAGUGGCUAGAGGACCCGCGCGUGGGGUACGACGGCGGCGUUGGCCCCAGCGCGGCUGGCGGCAGCCAGGCGCUCAGCUGCGUGGUGCUGGCCGGCGCGCGCGUCUCCCUCGCCGAGCCCGGCCGCGUCAUCUGCUCGCUCCGCGUGCGCCCCCCCGUCGCCGUGCGUGCCGGCGGUCCAAAUCCUGAACUCCACCAUGGUUGA